AUUCUGCUUAAUUUAAGCUUAAUUUGGAGUUUGAAUGUUAUUUAGAAUUUGUUCAUUAGCAAUUUCUGUACGAAACGUUGUUAGAAGCGGUGGUCAACAGUGCAUCAAACCACGUACGAUGGUAACACUGCAGGAAGUGAUCAAGCAGUUGAAAGAUUUCGCACCGGAAAAUAUUGCGGAGAAGUGGGACAAUGUUGGUUUGCUAGUAGAACCUCGAAAUCAAACAAAUCCUAUUAGCAACAUCCUUCUAACCAAUGAUCUGACGGAGGCGGUAGUGGUGGAGGCUCGGGAAAGAAAUGCUCAAAUGAUAAUUUCCUAUCAUCCGCCUAUAUUCGCCCCGCUUAAACGGUUGACCCAAGCAUCAUGGAAGGAGCGGAUCAUUAUCGAUUGUAUUCGGAACGAUAUUGCCAUCUACUCGCCGCACACAAGCUGGGAUAAUGUGAACAAUGGCGUAAAUGAUUGGCUGGCAGCAUCGCUCCCAUAUGAUAACUGCAAGCCGAUCCACCAAAACGAAUCCUUCCCGGCGUAUGGUUCUGGAAGGAUGUGUGAAAUUAGCGGCAAAACAAUUAAUGUACGGGAUGCCGUUCAACGCAUUAUCAAGCACACGCAAAUGGACUGUGCCAUGGUUAGCGUAACCGGUGGGAAUGAAAACCGGAUAAUUCGAAAGUAUGCCGUUUGCGCUGGCUCGGGUGCGAGUGUGUUAAAAGGUGUGCAGGCGGAUAUGUACAUUACCGGGGAAAUGUCACACCACGAGGUACUGGAAGCGACCAGCAAUGGCACGUGUGUGGUACUGCUCGGACAUAGCAACUCAGAGCGUGGCUUUCUGCAGGAUUUCAAGGACAUUUUGACCAAUCGUCUAAAUCAAAAAGUGGUGGUUCACGUGUCCUCUAGUGACCGAGAUCCCAUGACGUUAAUGUUGGGAGAAAAUGCAAACUAAGCAAAUAAUUUGUAUGAUGAAAAAUAAGAACAAUAAAUUAUGGGCUUGUCAUAAUGGGAGCUCUGCCAGAUAAUCACUAAU